UAUCUAGGUUCAGGUGGACAGUUGAGGUAAUACCUUUAACCUAACUCGUGCAAAUGUUUACAAAACAUUCUACGAAUUUGUUUUUCAUUUUACUUAUUAUAUUUUAACCGAUUUCUCUGAUGAAUCACCUAUUUUGAAAUGUCGCCUGGGUCAAGAGACGUGAUUGCUGUAUUGCGGGGUGUACAAAUAGUUACGGAAGCUUUGACUCGUGAACACAGUGAAAUUUUUAAACAUUUGUGGUGUAACUCUAGCAUACGUGAAGUUUUGAAUGGCACUUUAAAAGUUGGAAGUAAAUGUUUAAAAGAAGUUGGUCAAAACCCCACUGAGGAAAUAAAAAAAAUACAGCAAUUACUGCAGGAAACUAAAGAUCGCUGCUGUAUAGCCGCUGUGGGUAUAGGUCAAUUAACUGGAGCCAAAAUACCUAAAGGAUACAAAAUGAGUAAAAAUUAUAGUAAUGAUGUAAAUACUGGCUUGAACCCGAGUUACGCAUCUAGUGUAACGAUCACACCACAUACACAAUCUGAUGCUAAUUUAGACAUAUCUUCAAUUACAUUAAAAGAACUUGAAGAGAUCCUUUCAACUCGUAAUAAAAAUCGGGGUGUUAGUUUACGUACUGCGAACACAGAAAGUAAACAAGUUCGUCCGACAGAAAAUACAUUGGAAACUGAGCAUAGGGUAUCAGCUGAAAAACUGAACGUAGAUACUGCAUAUGUUAGAAAUGUUAUAAAUUUAGUUGGUAAUAAUAUUAGUUCUAAAAAUCAGCUAUCAAUUGAUUUUAAUAGUAUAGAACUACCUGUGCUUAAUAAAGUAGCCAAACAACGUAAAGUUCCGUCCAGUCGAAUAGGACGCAUGGCAUCGUUUGGCGGAUUGUUUGCUGGAUUGGGGUUUGGUACUAUAAAUGAACUAACAAAAGGUGCUUUAGGACUAGGAGGCUCAAAAAAUGUGAAGGAAGCAUUUCUAAGCCCUGGUAAUGCAGAGCGUAUAGUUGAUACACUUUGUAAAGUCCGCGGUGCAGCUCUUAAAAUAGGACAAAUUUUGAGCAUACAAGAUUCUAAUGUUGUGUCGCCACAAUUAUCAAAAGCGUUUGAACGUGUUAGACAGGCAGCAGAUUACAUGCCCGACUGGCAAGUUGAACGAGUAAUGAAUAUGCAAAUUGGAAAUAACUGGCGAAGUAAGUUGCAGUCGUUUGAUGACAAACCGUUUGCUGCUGCAUCUAUUGGCCAAGUUCACAGCGCAGUUCUAAAUAAUGGCAUAAUGGUGGCUAUUAAAAUUCAGUAUCCAGGCGUAGCACAAAGUAUUGAAAGUGAUAUUGACAAUUUAAUUGGUAUGCUAAAAGUUUGGGAUGUGUUUCCCCAAGGUUUCUUUAUCGACAACGUCGUUAAGGUUGCAAAGAGAGAAUUAACUUGGGAAGUUGAUUAUAACCGCGAAGCUGAGUAUACAGAAAAAUUUAAAGAAAUGAUAAAUCCAUACCAUGAGUAUUAUGUCCCCACAGUUAUUAAAGAAUUAACUACUUCCAGUGUUCUUACUACGGAGCUAGUGCCUGGUGUACCAUUAGACAAGUGUUUUGAUAUGAGUUAUGAGCAUCGAAAACAUAUUGGAGAAUCUGUUUUAAAAUUAUGUUUGCGUGAAUUGUUCGAGUUACAGUGUAUGCAAACUGAUCCGAAUUGGUCAAACUUUUUGUACGACUCCAAAUCAAAGCGAUUAAUGUUAAUAGAUUUCGGCUCAACCCGUUUCUAUCAAAAGAAAUUUAUUAAAAAUUAUAGAGACGUUAUUAUUUGUGCAGCUAAUAACAACCGUCAAGGAGUUUUAGAAAUAUCGCAGAAAAUGGGAUUUCUUACCGGAUAUGAAUCGAAACAAAUGGAAGAAGCUCACAUAGAUGCUGUAAUGAUUUUAGGCGAAAUUUUUCGGUUUAAUGGUGAAUUCAACUUCGGACGUCAAAAUACAACAGAACGCAUUGCUAAUUUAGUGCCUACAAUGGUGGCACACCGUUUGUGUCCACCACCUGAAGAAAUCUACUCAAUACAUCGAAAGUUAUCUGGUAUUUUUCUUUUGUGCUCGCGAUUAAAUAUAACCAUGAAUUGUAGACCAUUUUAUGAAGAAAUUGUUUUAAACAAAUUCAAGGAUUAAACUUUAUAGUUUUAAUAAAAA